AUGUGCUCUGGUUCAGGGACAGCGGAAUGUGCUCGUGCUGUUCUCCAGAAGACAAUCAAUGAGUCUGGGCUUGUGGACUGGGAUAUGGAUAUCCGCACGGUUUGCCAAUGGGAGUAUGAGCCCAAAUGCUGGCCGGUGCUACGCGAUAUGCAUGAUUGGGGCAUGGGCGUUCUCGGCCGGAGUGAGCGAAGCCCCUGCCUCUUUGGCGACAUUAUGGACCUGAAUCCCAGCAGCGUGCUCCAUGGUGCCAGUUCUUAUGCUACAAAGAAGCGCAGAGUGCUUGAAUCUAGGAUGCCCAUCUGGUGUGUUUGUUUGGCACACCACGCCCCCGAUGAUCCAUAUCCUCUGUGCGCAAUCCCGGAGAAGCUGGACUCUGGCUGCAGUGGCCUGCCAUGUCAGGACAUGUCGCGGGCAGGUCUUCGCAUGAUGUCUGCGGGUAGGACGGCGCCGGUCUACAUGACGCAUGCCAAAUUCGUACUGCAGAAGAAGAUUCCUUUGUUGACAGUGGAGUGUACUCCAGAUUUGGACAUGGACAUGAUGUAUGAUCUUCACAGCGAUCGGUACCAGUGGUACAGGCUGGUGACUGGUCCAGCAGAUGUUGGUCACAGGGCUUUGGCAAGACAGCGCGUCUACUGCAUUGGCGCUCACACAGAACUCACUACACGGCUCCACGACCCUACGGAAGUCUUGAACGCCGUCUCUGCGCGUAUGAAACAUACGGUACAGACCCGGGUGUCCGACUACCUGUGUGCCUCAGACUACGAGGUAUUGCUGGAGGCUCAGCAGGUGGCUAUCCGGCGCAAAGUCCCUUUCAAGCCUCGAUGUUUGGACUUGCGCUAUCUGCUCACUUCCUGA